CCAUUAAUAUUAAGAUUCACCUGCUAAUUUCUGAUAUUUGAAAAAUCAUAUUUCCUUUAUACUAAUGUAAGUAAAUUCAAUACAACAAGUCGACCUGAACCUUGAGUGCAAUUUUUUUUUGGUUUUCAAGUUUAUUCCGAAUCAAUGGAAGAUAAAUUCAGCAGUCUCAUCGAUAUGAAUAUUGACCAUCUUCCUGAAAAUUGUCUAAUGAUAAUAUUUGAUAGUUUCUAUGAUCUCCAAGAUCUUAUAUCUUCAUCUCAAGUUUGUUCAAAAUGGCGGCGUUUAGUUCAGAUUAGAUAUGACAAAAUUACAACAUUAACCUUUUGGCUGAACAGGAAAAGGUUACCCCCACCUUACAACAUCUACACCAGAAAUAUUAGAUUCAUUGAGAAUAUAAAUGUUUCCAAUGUAUUUCCAAAUCUAAAGACAUUGGAAGCACUUUUUUACUCGCAAUCCAAAUGUACCUGCCGAGUGGUAGCAAAUGUUUUGUUCACUGGUAAUCCACUGAAUGGACUGAUCGCUUCAUUCAUUUGUCACAUUUUGGACGAAAAAUGUAACGUCGAUAAGGAUCAACAAAUGGUUAAAUAUUGUGGCAGUAUUACACAACUUUUCAUGGUGAAUUCUGAAUUCUUGGAUCUCUUUUUCAACAAAUACAAAUUCGGUGGGAAUUUGAAAAAGUUUGGCCAUUUUAUUUUAGCUCCUUUUAAGGUUUUCAAGACUUAUGAGCAUUUGAUGCCUAAUCUUGAACAUCUUUAUACUCAUAAUCCUUGCGCUGAAUCGACUCGUGAUCAAAUGAUUCUCGGAGUGAAAGAACUCACCUACACACUGACGCUUGGAGAUGAAGAUGACUGGAAAUUUUUAUCUUAUUUACCUGAUUUACAGAAAUUACACUUAAUAAUUACAUGCUACAUAGAAGAGACUGAGUUACUUGUAUAUAAGAAAAAUUAUAACGUCAGGAAAGUUUCGCUCGAGUUUGAAACGGAUUCCAGGAAGGUAUCAAGUGUUAUCAAAUAUAUCACGACUCUUUAUCCGAAUUGUACCGACUUGAUGAUAUUUUGCUCACAAUUUAUUCUGACGGAAAUAGAUACAAGUGAGACUAUCAGAAUGCUGCCGAACUUGUCUUAUUUCCGUUUACCACCAUCGUUAAACAAUGAACAAGAACAGCAGAUAAUCAAAAAGGUCACUAAAUAUUGUCAAAAAAAGAAUCGAAACCUCAAACUCCAAGUAUCUAAAUACAAUGACGUUGAUCUAUUUGAACCUUUCGCAUUAAGGAGAGGAUGAUUUUUACUUCUAUUAUAUUAUAUUUCUGUAACGAUAAUAACAUCUUUUGAAAGUUAAUAGUAGUAUAAAACCAUACGCUUCUGGACCGGAAGUGGGGGAGAUCUACUUCCGGUUUGUGGCACAAAAGGGGUGGAGACCCCGUUCUGAAAUUGUGGGUGUACAACCGGGAUGGGGGUUAAACUAAAAUAAAUUAAUCAAUUAAAUCGAUUAUUAAUUGAAAAUGAUGAAAAUUAAGCGAUGGAAUUUUAGUGAUGUUUUUACUCACCAGAUUUCGCUAAAAAAUGAAAACAAACUAUUGUUCCAGAGAUGUCAAAAUGUUCCAGAGUCAACAACUUGGUGGAAAUAAAUGAGAAAGGAGAGAAAAAAAGUGAAUUAGCAAGAAAGAAAAAAAAGAGAGAGGGAGAGAGAAAAAGCCAAGAUAAAUCAGAGAAAUGCUCAAGGCUAUUCCGUUAACUAGUCUUAACUAGACUCCCUCGCUCUCUCUUAACUAGUGCUAACCAUUUCCGAGAUAGUCUCUAGUAUAAAAGGGUGAAAGCAGAGCAAUUUUAUUCAGUUAUCAAUUGUCAACUCAACUUGACGGUUGUUAAAGUUACAAAAUUUUCUUAAGUUAAAAUCUAUUAUAACAUUAAGUUAAUAUUCAAGUUAUUAAAUUGCCUGAACAGUGAAAAUCCCUCAACAUGAUCAACAACAACAACCAAGAGAUUGUCAAAUGGAUGAAAAUGGAGACCCAAUUCUUAGCAGAACAAAAUCAACCAGAACGAUUUGCUGAAUUAAUUCAAUCGAUUAAACCUUUAGUUGGAAAUGGACACGAUCUUCAAGUGGAUGAUUUUGAUAUUCCUUUCACAUUGGAUAGAGAAUGUCUAGAAUUGAUCUACUCGCAAAUAUCUUUGGACCAGACUGAACUUCGAGUUAAUUAUUCCAACCCUUUAGGCUACACAAAAGGAAAUAAUCAGAUCACAAUCAAUGCGAUUGAUAUGAAAAAUUUAUCUGGAAAUUAUCGUUCACCGGCUCAUCUUUAUCAUGCAAUACAAGUUCAUCUGUUAGGAAGAUCCGAUCUGAUUAACGUAGUUAGAGAUUCUUCCAAACCAUUUAAAGAUUCGUAUAUUAAACGUUCUGGUAAAGUCGAUAGUGAAUUAUAUUCAGCAUGGAAAGACAUUAAAGUUGAUGUCGCCUUUAAAGUGAAUCGACUCAAGUUCAUACAGAGUCCGGAAUUGGCUCGAGCUUUAUUGGAAACUGGUAAAAUGAAACUCGUAUCAACUUAUAAUCCAAUCUGGGGAUAUGACAAAGAUCUGAAUGGAAGCAAUGUCAACGGGAAAAUGCUCAUGAUAAUUCGGGAAGAUCUUCUUCGACGAAUAUAAAUUUAUAUUAAUUGUUGAUCACCAGAAACAAAUGAUUAUUUAACCAAGAAAUGGUUUUCUGUUGUGAUCAACAAUCAUCGACAAUUGAAACGGAUACAAUUUCAUCUUUCAACUGGAUCAAAACACUUUUGACCAAUAACAAUUACUUUUUUGCACUGGUUCUAAUUGAUUGAAUUAACAUUUGAAUAUCAUAAUCAAUAAAGAAAAAAUAAAUUAA